AUGGCCAGUCCUGGCGAAGAUCUUGGCCCAAAUGUUCAUCCGGAUCAGUCCGAACCCACAGAACCGACCCCAGAACCAGCAUUUCAAGAAGCGCAGAAAUGGAUUGAGGCAGUGACAGGAAGGAGUUUUGGUGAUAAGGACUUUCGGGCCGGAUUAGAGAACGGAAUUCUGCUGUGCGAGUUGCUGAGUGCUAUCAAACCUGGACUGGUGAAAAAAAUCAACAGGCUUCCGACACCCAUAGCAGGACUAGAUAACCUGACUAUGUUUCUAAGAGGAUGCGAGGAGUUGGGGCUUAAAGGCUCACAGUUAUUUGAUCCUGGGGACUUGCAGGACACAUCUAUACGAGCCAACUUAACCGGCUCUGAUUGUAGUCGUAAGCUGAAGAAUGUGUUGAUAACUAUAUACUGGUUGGGGAAGGCGGCUAACAGCUGUACGUCUUAUAAUGGACCCACACUCAACCUGAGAGAGUUUGAGGGCCUGCUCUCUCAGCUCAGGAGGGACUGUGUGUGUGAGGACACAGAAUCUCCCAAGCGUAGCAUUAGGGACAGCGGUUACAUAGACAGCUGGGAGUCAGAGCGUUCCGACUCUCUUUCACCUCCGAGGCGCUGCCGUGAUGACUCUUUUGACAGCCUGGACUCCGUCGGUUCGCGCUCACGACAGACGCCGUCUCCAGAUACUGUUGUUCGCGGUAACGGUGACGGCGACGGCGGACAGAGGAGGCUACCCGACGUGCGAAAAGACGACAUGCUAGCGCGUCGCACUUCCUGUAACGAGCACCGCUCCGCCGUUCCCUUCAACCAGUACCUGCCCAAUAAGAGCAACCAGAGCGCUUACAUGCCCGGCUCGCUGAGGAAGAAGAGGACGGACAGAGAGGAAGACAGGAGGACCUGGAGUAACGCCACUUCGCCUGUCGCCGGAGAGAGAACGCUCAGGAGUGUCAGUUUGAUUGACAUGCGAGGAGAAGAGGAUGCCAUCCUGCAGCCACACAGCCAAUCACGAUACGAACAUUUGCACAACCAGUAUAACGUGUUUAAAGAACACGAGGAUCAGUGGCAGGACGACCUGGCGCGUUGGAAGAACCGUCGGCGUAGCGCGUCUCAGGACCUGAUCAAGAAAGAGGAGGAGAGGAAGACGAUGGAGAGGCUGAUGAUGUCAGAAGGAGACUCCGCCCACCGCAAGAAGGGCAUCAAAACAUACAAAGAAAUAGUAGAGGAGAAGGAAAGGAGGGAGCAUGAGCUUCAUGAGGCGUACAGUAAAGCGCGUACUCCCGAAGAGAAAGCUGCCAUACUCCAGCGUUACGCUCUACGUUUCACCAUCAGUGAUGCCAUAUUGGAAAGACUACAAAUCCCAAAAUCCCCUGCCAGCAACAGCAAGCCAGGGUCGUCCCCCAGUCACCAUGAGCAACGGCCCUCCUCGUCGGUGAAGCAGCCCAACAACGUGAAGGCAGCUGUCCCAGAAACUCCUAAGACGAUCCAAAUUACGAAAGAUCGCCAGUCCUCCUUAGAAACCCAGCAACCAUCUCAGCCCAGUCCCCAAAAACAAAUCGUCUCUCAGUCGUACGUUCAACCCAAAUCCCCUCCCGUCUCACCCACCAGGGCCCCCCCUUCCAAACCUGUCCCCCUGUUAACCCCUAAACCAUACAGCCAGGCCAAACACAGCCAGAGCGGACUCAGAACCAUCAAGUCUGACGGGUUAAUUCGUUUGAAUGGAGAGAGUAACGCAGACGACAAGCUGGAGAAGGUGACUACUCCUGUGUUCUCCCCUACUCCUCGUGAGGAGCCGGAGGGCUCAGGCGUACCCCUGCAAAUGCACACACCGCCUCUUCAGCCCACGUUUCCGUCUGGAGCCCAAACUACACCUCCUGGUUUUGAACAGAAUGGAAGGGUGAAAGAGGAAGAUAGUCCCCCCACCUCAGGUCCCCAGGAGAGCAGAGAGGAGACAUCCACCACACUCUCACAGUCUUUGCCAACCGACAGCCCACAGUCAGGUGUAAAGACUGGACAGAAGCGGAACUGUGUUGUCAAGACAACGAUUGUGACAGAGCUGACUCAGACACACCCCCUAUCUCCUUCAGACAUGCCCGCCAUCGAGAACAUCGAAACCCCAAUUUUAAACCUUGCUAAGAGGGUUAGCCACUGGACAUGGGAUCCUAAUGAGGAACGCAAGCGUCAGGAGAAGUGGCAGCAAGAGCAGGAACGCCUGCUGCAGGAGAAGUACCAGCGGGAGCAGGAGAAAUUGAGGGAGCAGUGGGAGAGAGCCCAAAGAGAGGUGGAGGAGGAGGAGAGGCGACACAAUGAGGAGGAGAAGCGUAUUUUGGAGGAGACCGUCGCCCCCCUGACCCCACGGACAUCUGCCCUGUCCUCCCCAGGUCAGGGCGAGGGUCAGACGCUUUCCUCUCCUCCUCAGGACACCAUCGUCCUCUCAUUGGCUGACUGGGAACGGAAACAGGAACUACUGGAGAAGCAGGUGGAGAUGAGCCAGAGCAAUGGAUUGGGACACACACGCAGUCCAGUUCAGCAGAACGGACAGAAAGACGGACCACAGGAGCACAAUCAGUCAGCCACACCACAGUUACAGUUCAUACAAGAUCCUUCAUGGGGUAGUAAGUCAGAGAGCAGACAUCAGCAGAGUGACUGGAAGAAAACAGCCUCACUGGACCGCAAUCAGAGCCCAGCACAGAGUCACACCACAGGAAUGAGAAGGUCUGGAUCGUAUGAGAAUGUUUUAGGGACACACCCAUCUAAAUCAUCCCAGUCAUCAACAGACACCCCGCCUCCAUCCCCAAGCAGGUCAGUGAGUGGUAAGAAACUCUGCUCUAGCUGUUCACACCCACUGGGCAAAGGUGCUGCCAUGAUCAUCGAAAGUCUGGGACUCUACUUUCACAUUCAGUGUUUUAAGUGUGGGAUAUGUAAAGGACUCCUUGGUGACACAAGCACCGGUGCAGAUGUGAGAAUUCGGAAUGGACUCCUGAACUGUCAUGAAUGCUACAUUAAAUCACGUGCCUCCGGCCAGCCCACCACAUUGUGA